AAAAUAUUUAAAUAAGUAGUAUGUGUUUGUGAGACAACAUUCUUUGUGGUGUUAGCCUUUAAUGAUUUGUCUAAUUUGUUCUGAGUGUAUCGGCGAAAUUAUCCAUUAUUGAUGAGUUUGCUUACUGAACUUGUACGGCAGAUGAAAAAUUUAUGCAGAGAUUUCCAAACGGAAAGAACAUCGUUUUAGUUGUAAUUUUUUAACAAUACUGCAGCAGUUUUUCACUGGGAAAGUUAUGUACUUGUAAAAUGUCAGAAAAUGAGGUUACCAAUCAAUUUGUAACACGAAGUUUUUCAAGUAAAAUGAUGAACGGUGCCAUCGCUGGAACGAUUGGCGUCACUUCCACAUUUCCAUUAGAUCUCGCCAAAACAAGACUACAGAACCAAAAUACAAAAAUCUACGAGAAUAUAAUCGACUGUUUGGUAAAGGUCUACCGCAAUGAAGGUUUUAAAGGUUGCUACAGAGGCUUAUCUGUUAAUGUUCUACUUGUUAAUCCGGAAAAAGCGAUAAAGUUAGCGGUUAACGAUCAAGCUCGACAAGUUAUGGGAGGAAAAAGAAGAACAUUACCUCUUCACUUUGAGAUGUUAGCUGGAGCAAUAGCUGGACUUUGUCAGGUUGUAGUGACCACGCCAAUGGAAAUGUUAAAGAUUCAAAUGCAGAUAUCUGGAAAGACAGCAAACAAUCCUGUUGCCUCAAAAUCAAUCACGCCAAUAAUGACAGCAAAGCUUCACACUGGAGCAAAUGAACAGCAAUGUCACGUGAUAACAAAACGUACAUCUGCAUUGGCUAUAACUAAACAUUUACUAAAGACGAAAGGAGUUGUGGGUAUUUAUCGUGGACUUGGUGCCACUUUGUUAAGAGAUAUACCAUUCUCGUGUUUACAUUUCACCUUAUACUCGCAUCUCAAUUUCUUGGGGAUGGGACCUAAUGGUGAGAAAUCGAGCACGAUCCACUCCUGCGCCUGCGGUCUUUUCUCAGCUAUGGUCAGUGCUUUUUUCGUGACACCUUGUGACGUUGUAAAAACAAGACUUCAAGCUCUUCCUGGUGGGCAUGAGCCCCGCUAUAAUGGCAUCAAAGACUGUAUUUUAAAGAUCUACCACAUCGAAGGACCUACCUCUUUUUUCAAAGGGGCCGUACCUCGUAUUAUGGUCAUUGCUCCUUUAUUUGGCAUCGCUCAGGCGGUGUACAAUUUUGAAGUGUCACAAAAGUUAUUGGGUCUCCAAAAAUCAUAGAAUGAUAUCGUUAGAAGCUUUGGAAAUCACCAUCAAUUUUGAAUAAUGAAAUAUCGUUGACGGAAAUUUUCCUAUUUUCACAUUUUAAAUACGUUGUCGAUAGGAAGAUCCAAUCUCAAGUCACUUUUUAAAUCAACUGUCUUUUCAAUACGUAAAAUGAAGAUGAAAAAGAAACAGCGCUUCGCGCAUCAUUAAUAAAUGUAAUCCUUAAAGAAACAAGAAUGAUAAAAUGGAUACCAACAUCUUUUUGCAAACUAUUCAUGGAAUUACAACGAUGUCAACCAUAAUAUAUAUAGUCGCUCUGGCAUGCCAAUUUUGAGAAAUGAUUUUUUGAAGUCUUUAGUCACACUACAUUGAAAAUAUGUUUCGUUGCGAGAAGUUGUCUUCUAAGCUGCUCGCACAAACAGAAAACGUUGUCAAAACAAAUAAAACAAAAUCCAAGACGCAGCAUUUUACCAUGUAGUAAAAAGUCAAAAGAAGUCUUAUCUUUUAAUUCAAGCUUAGCAUUUUGCCCUUUUAAUCUAUUUUGAAAGAGUAGUUGGUUGUAAUCAUUACGUGUGGGCUAUAUAAAGUUAAAUGACGUAGUUACAGUUCUCUACAGUUUACAGUCGGACCUACCGCAGUUUUUUUUUUGUUGUCUUUAUGAAUUUGUUAAUGGGGAAUUAUUGAAUACUUUUAAAAAUAAUUAUAACAUAUGUUUUACGAAUGAUAACAGUAUUUUUGUGUUUGGGAGAGUGGGGGAAAACUGUUUCUAUCGUGAAUUAAAAUUAUGAUUAAAAAUAAUAUUGUAAAUAUCGAUUUAUGAAAUUAUAUGCGAAUUAAGAUCAUUUUAACGACAAA